AUGCUGCAGCGGCAGCAGCCGCCGCUGCAGCAGCAGCAGCAGCCGCUGCAGCAGCAGCUGCAACAACAGCUGCGACUGUCAGACAAUUUAGAAUCUAAGAUGUCGAUACAAGACGAACAGCAGCAACAGCAGCAGCAGCAGCAGAUGAAUGGCAAGGAAACCCCUGCUGCUGCUGCUGCUGCUGUGGAGGGGCCGCUGCAGCAGAUGGUAAGGGACGUGCUGCAGCAGCAGCAGCAAACGGAUAUAUCCCGUCUUGCAGAGAGUAUCAGGUGUCUGGACGCCCAUGGUUGGCAGCAGCAGCAGCAGCAGCAGGGGACAGCAGCAGCAGCAGCAGCAGAAGAUCUAUCUAUGUCUGAUCGUCUGUCUCUCUUUGUGCGGCGGCAGCAGCUUGAGGUGUAUAGGCAGCAGCUGCAUGCAUUUAAUCGUGUGUCUCCUUCUCUGCUGCUGCUGCAGCAAGCAGCAGCAGAUCUGCAGUCUUCCUUAUCUGCUGCACUAGAUCGUCUUAAUGCUAAUAGGCAGCAACUGCUGCCGCUGCUGCAGCAGCUGCUGCAGCUGCGGCGGCAGCAGCAGCAGCUGACACAGAAGGAGGCCCUGUGCCUGCAUAUAUUAAAUAGGCUGUGUCUGCAGCAGACAGCAUUUAAGGUAUUAACUACGCCGGUGCAGCAGCUGCAGCAGCAGGAAGCAGCAGCAGCAGCAGCAGCAGCAGGUGAUGCAGCAGACAGUACACAGCAGCAGCAGCAGCAGCAACAGGAAGACGCAGUGUCUAGGGAGCUACAGGCCACUCGCUCUGCGCUUGCGGAGGUGCAGCAGAAGAAGCAGCUGCUGCAGCAACUAGCAGCACUAGCAGGUGCAGCAGCACCAGCAGAUACAGCAGAAACAGUAGCAGCAGCAGACACAGCAGAAGCAGCAGCAGCACCAGCAGCAGCAGCAGCAGCAGCAGCAUCAUUUCCCCUGAUUGACAGCUUGCUGCAGCAGAUGAAGGAGUUAGAUUCUAUUGGUCAUGAGAAGCUUUAUCUGCUGCUGCUGCAGCGGCUGCAGCAACUUGCUGCAGCAGCAGCAGCAGGACCAGCAGCAGCAGGAAGUGCUGCCACCACAUCUGCCUUCAAAGCACUCGUCGACCUUGCAAAGCAGCAGCAGCAGGAGCAGCAGCAGCAGCAACAACAACAACAGCAGCAGCAGGAGCAGCAGCAGCAGCAGCAACAACAACAACAGCAGCAGCAGGAACACGCAGAAGCAGCAGCAGCAGCAUCGUCAGUAGCAGCAGCAACAACGGCAGCAGUAGCAGCAACAGCAGCAGAAGACAGCUGUGUCUUGUGGGGUGCAUUUGCUGAUCUGUACAGACACCCCGCAUAUCUGCUGCAGUGUGUGCAGCAGCUGCUGCGGUUGCGGCGGCAGCUGCUGCUGCAGCAGCUGCAGCAGCAGCAAUUUGAGUGUCCUUAUUGGGGAGGAGGCCCAUUUGAUUUGGCUGCUGCUGCUGCAGCUGCUGCUGCUAAGGAGACAGGAGGCCUUUUUGCUUCUGUGCUGCGGUGGCUGUCUCCUGCUGCUGCAGCAGAAGCAGCAAUUGUUGUCUCCUUGCUGCAGCUGCUCUUUGCUCGUGGGGGCCCCGCAGCACUAGGGUUCGAACAGCAGCAACAGCACCAGCAGCAGCAGCAGCAACAGCAGCAGCAGCAGGAAAAAGUACAGCACGCCUUAGCAGCCAAUCCAUGGGAGGCAGAUGAGCUGGGGGACACACCCCUGCCUGCGCAGCAGCACCAGCAGCAGCAACAGCAGCAGCAGCACGAGCACCAGCAGCAGCAGCAGGAACUGCUGCUGCAGACACCCGAGAGGAGUUGGCUGCCUCUAUCAGACACCCCAAUACUUCCUUCGGAUGCAUGCAGCAACUUUGCUGCUGCUGAAGUGCAGCAGCAGCUGCAGCAGCAGCUGCAGCAGCUGCUGCACCCUAUGGCGCUGCUAGAUGCUAUCCUUGAGGCCCUACAAGGGCCCCUUGCUGCUCAGGUUACAGCAGCCCUUAGCAGCAGCAGCAGCAGCAGCAGCAGCAGCAGCAGCUGUGGCAUUACCGCAUUCAAGGUCGGUUUGCUGCUGGAGCAAACAGCAGCAGCAAUAGAACGUGCUGUUGCUGCUGCUGUUGAGGAGUCUCCUCAGAUACGUCUCCAGCAGCAGCAGCAGCAGCAGCAGCAACAGCAGCAGCAGCAGCAGCAGAGGAGACCCUUGUUAGCCUCCUUUCUAUUAGAUCUAUCCUCCAAGGCCUUAGAUCAAUUCGAGCAGCAAUGGGAAGAGUCUGCGCUGCUGCUGCCACCGCUGCCAGCAACAGCAGCAGCAGCAGCAGCAGGAGAAUGGUCCCCUCCUGCUGCAGAUGGUCUCCCCAGCAGCAGCAGCAGCAGCAGCAGCAAGAAGAUGCUUCCUCCUUUCCUUACAUCAUUUGCUGCUCGUUUACAAGAUCUCUUACUAGCCUACGCCUCUUGCACCCCUCCUCCUCCUCCCCAGCAGCAGCAGCAACAGCAGCAGCAGCAGCAGCAGCAGCAGCAGCUAGCUGUAAAUAGAUUGGAGACACUUAUAGGUCGUGACGUGCCCCGCUGCAUCAAUUACUGUCUGCAGAUGACACAUCUAAUGACUGUCUCUAAUAAGUGUCUCCUUUUUAUUAAUUCUAUUUGCUGCUUGCAUGCAGCCCUGCAGCUGCAGACUGUCUCCUUUACCUGCAGCAGCAGCAGCAGCAGCAGCAGUAGUAGUAGUAGUAGUACUGGUAGUAGUAGUAGUAAUACAUACGAGCAGCAAGAGCGGGAGGAGAAGCAGCAACAAGGAGAAGGGGAGGAGGAGGAGCAGCAGCAACAGCAAGAUGUGCUGCUGCUGCAGCAGAUUGUUGCUCUCCCUGUGCAGCAGCAGCAGCAGCAGCUAAUUAAAAGUCUUAUAGAAGAUAAAUGUAAUGAAUUAGCAGCAAUAGAAGCAGCAGCUAUCUGUGAUGCAUGCGGCCUCAGCAGCAACAGCAGCAGCAACAGCAGCAGCAGCAGCAGCAAGACAGAGGGUGGCGUAGAUGAAGCAGCAGCAGCAGCAGCAAGAGCAGCAGAGCUGCAGCAAAGAUGCAAUGCAUGCGUUGCUGCUGUUGUUGGCAACCCCACCAUUAUUGAGUGUCCCCUUAGCAGCAGCAUAAUAGAUGCUGCUGCUGCUGCAGCAGCAAAAGGGAGGGCAAAGAGUUUGCUGCUGCAGCAGUAUACAGAAACAUAUGAUGCUGCUGUCGCAGCAGCAAAAGCAGCAGCAGCAGCAGCACCUGCUGCUCCUGCUGCUGCUGCUGCUGCUACACCUUCAUACCUACCUCACUAUACACCCGAACAGCUACGAGUUAUACUCGAACUCUAA